AUGCCAAGUUAUAAAAGUAACUUCGUGUCCUUAGAUGAGGAUGUUACAAAUGACAUUUCAGACCUGAGUGAAAUGAAAAUUUCAGAUGAAAAAGGAUCUACUGAAAAGAGCACAAUGACUUUGAUUGAGAGGAAUGGCUAUCAUGACUCAAUAUACAUAAACGCAGCUAAGAUUUUUCAAGGCAUUCAUAACAAAAAAACUCAGGAUAGAAUAUUGGUGCGGUAUGGUAAUGACUCAGCAUCUCCCAUACUAACUUUUAAAGAUGAGUAUUCCCAGCGUGUGUCUUACGAACUGGCUUUCAGUGCUCUAAAAUAUCAAGAUCUUCUUGAAAAAAUACUGUUAGAUAGCUGUGUUUACCCAUGUCAGUCAAUACCGGAUGAAUUAACCAGCUUACUUGUUGUGAUGCUUUAUGACCUACAAGACCGAAAGUUUCAAGCUCGAGAGAUUGUUGAUGAAGAACCUGUAGCAGAAGUUCAGAAAAUAGAGCAUUAUCUCUACAGUUUUAAGACCAAAUUGGCAGCUGCACUAGCAAGAUGUCGAAUCAAACAUGAUGCUCUUUCAAUUGAGUACAUUCUACCAGAAACCAUACGGAAGCAGGAACAAAGAGCUUCUGCCUUACCUUUGUAUGCUUGGAUAAAUACAUUUAAAAUCAGCCUUCAAGAUGUUUUCUGUAAUUUGAAGAAGAAAGGAUUCACAAGAGUUGAAUCUGUGUCAGACUUCAACCAUUAUACUUACUGUAUGGACCAACAUUGCCAUGAUGUAUUGGUUUUUCCUUCCUCUCUUAAAGAAGAACUGCUUAAUUUAGAUCUUUUUGCAGAUUACAAGCUCUUACUACAGGAUAAGUCUCGCAGCCUUGCUGUACAUUCUGUACAUGCUCUAUUGAAAACAGAUGAUGAUGUUGUAGUGGCUCACAUGGGUUCCCGUCUGACCAUUGCUCAUAUGUCAGUGCUGACAAAUCACAGCAUGUCCAGAAUUUUUGUUUGUGGUGUAAAAUCUCCAGCAAAAGAGGCUGAACUGAGGAACUUGUUCAGGCACGUGGGAUGUAAAAAUAUUCAGUUGUUACAAGAAGACUUUACUGAGAUUGGACCAACAGACCAGAGACUGCAAAAGGCAAAAGUUAUUCUGCUGCUGCCACAAUGCUCUGGAGUGGGUGUUGGCAAUCCGAUAGAAUUUAUUUUAAACGAACACGGAGAUGUAGAAUUGCUUAGAGACCUUUUCCAAGGAUCUGUAUCUGAGGAUAAACUCAAUAUUCUUGCUGAGAAGCAGCUUAAAGAAUUGAUGCAUGCCAUGAAAUUUAACAAAGUACAAGCUAUUGUUUACUGCACUUCUUCAGUUUACCCAGAAGAAAAUGAACUAGUAGUGAACAAAGCACUGGAAUCUAGAGUGGAAGGAAGUAAAGUACAACCAUAUAGGCUUGUUCCACCUGUUUUUCCUAUUUGCUCCAAUUCGAAGGUUUCAACUGAAUUUUUUUUCAAAAUGGAACCAUCAGAAAUUUCCAAUUGCUGCUUUUUAGCUAUUCUAGAAAGAGAGAAAGAUUCUUCUGAAAAUUUGUCUGUUAAAGAUAUUUUGGCUCGUGCUGCAGCAAAGGGACUAUUAGAUGGAAUUGUUGUAGAAAAAUCAAAGAAAGAAGAGAAAAAGAAAAAGAAACUGAAAAUGACACAACAUGCAAAUAAUAUUAGAGGUAACGGUGUAGAGACAAAGAAUGAAGAGUUCCUUCACCAUGAAGCUGUAUCUAAUAUUCCUGCUGAAGAUUCAGUAUCUAAAGCAGUAAGUAACACAGACCAAAAGCCUUUGAACAAAACAAACAGUUAUGGUCAGCUGAAGAAAGCUACCACCAACCCAGUCUCAGACUCAGCCCUUCCUAAAGUUCUGAAGCGCACAUCUAAUUUGUCAUCUAUCAGCAAGGUCUAUGAAAGACAGCCACUUACUAGAAAGGCCCGUGCAGGAGACAGAAUGGUUGUAUUGAAGCCUGUGGAAAUUGUUUUGCCUCCAGUGAUAGUACCAUACUUAAGUUCCCAAGGAAACAGAUGCAAGCUGCCAGCCCAUCAUUGCUGGCAUGACUGGAUUGGAGCAAAGAGUUUUAGUGGGGGCCUGUUUCCACCACCUCUAUCUAGAGCAGUCAAACCAAAUGUGGUUAAGCAACCUCGACCAUGGCUGUAA